AUGGAGAAGCUCGAUCUAUCCAAGCUGAAGCUCGCCUCGUCUUCACUGGGCGAGCGGAUCAAGACCAGCGGCGCGCAGGUGGGCCGCACGAUCAGCUCCAAGAUGAAGGAGAUCCUCCAGGCGCCGACUCCCGAGUCAAGGAUCGUCGACGAGGCCACCGACGACGCCAUGGAGGGGCCCAACUGGGGCCUCAACCUCCGGAUUUGCACCAUGAUCGGCCGCGAGGAGUACGACGGCGCCGAGAUUGUCCGGGCGAUCAAGAGGAAGCUCGCGCCGGGGAAGAGCCCCAUGGGCCAGCGGCUGGGACUGGACUUGCUGGAGGCGUGCACCUCUAACUGCGAGAAGGUCUACUCGGAGGUGGCGUCGGAGAAGGUGGUGGAGGAUAUCGUGAAGCUGAUUGACGAUUCACGGACGCUGCACGGGGUUAGGGUUAGGGCGAUGCAGCUGAUUAGGGCUUGGGGCGAGUCGGAGGAUCUCGCCUACUUGCCUGUGUUUCGUCAGACGUACAUGCAACUGAAGUCGAGAAGAGCUCCUGCAGCUCAAGAAGAAACCACGCCUUCCAUGCAAUACAAUUUGGAGUCUUAUCUUGACCAACAGCCACUGUCACCUCCUGAAAGAUACCCUAUUCCUAACACUGGUUUUUCGCAAAACGCAGAGGAUCUCACUUUCAUUGGUUAUGGCUUCCAGUCGGUUGAAGAGAAAAAGGAAUUCCUUGCUAUGACUCGAAACACUGUAGAUAUUCUGUCAAGCAUUUUGAACUCCGAUACUGAACCCAAACCCAUCAAGGAUGAUUUGACAAUGAGCAUGCUAGAUAAAUGCAAAGAGUCUUUGCCCGUUGUUCAGAGGAUUGUGGAAAGCACUUCGGAGGACGAGGUUUUGCUCUUUGACGCUCUGAAUAUCCACGACGAGCUUCAACGAGUCAUUUCUAAACACGGGGAAGUUGAGGCCGCCUUAGAAUCAGGACAACCUAAGAGUGAAACUGAAAACAAAAAGGUUGUCUUGCCACAGCAAACCAGCCAAAUUACUCCUGAAAAAUCUGACUGCCCUAAAGAAGGGUUGACUGGGUCCAGUAACCCUGGUCAAGAAGAUAGUGUUGAUACUAACCAUAGUUAG